AAGGCCAAGGCAAUCGCAGGGAGGCAAAAGGCGUCUAUUGGCAGUCCCAAAGGACUCUUUCAUCAUUUUUAAAACCCCCACUUCUCAUCUUCCUCGAAAAGCAAAAGAAAAUAAUGGCUCAUUCUGCUGUAUCCCAGAUUUCUGUAGCUGUUCCCGUUGGAAGCGACGUUUCUCUAAGGAGAUCUGUAUUUAAAAAGAGGAACAGUAUAAGCUUUAGUGACAAGUCAUGGGCUUCCAUCUUAUCUUUGGAUUUGAAAUCGCGAAAUGCACAGAAGAUCAAUCAGUACGUGGUAUGCAUGUCAUUGCAACAAACCAGCAAAUCCAAGGUUACAGUUUCACCUUUAGAGAUGGAAACUGCAAAAGAGCCUCCACUAAAUUUAUUCAAGCCCAAGGAACCUUACACAGCUACCAUUGUUUCUGUUGAGAGACUGGUUGGUCCAAAAGCACCAGGUGAGACUUGCCAUAUUGUGAUUGAUCAUGGUAGCAAUGUACCAUACUGGGAAGGGCAGAGCUACGGUGUUAUCCCUCCUGGUGAAAAUCCAAAGAAACCAGGUUCUUCCCACAAUGUUCGUCUGUAUUCCAUUGCGUCAUCCAGGUAUGGAGAUUCUUUUGAUGGCAAGACAGCCAGUUUGUGUGUUCGACGUGCUGUCUAUUAUGACCCUGAGACCGGAAAGGAGGAUCCUUCAAAAAGAGGUGUAUGUAGCAAUUUCCUAUGCAACACCAAGCCUGGAGAUAAAGUUCAGAUCACUGGCCCCUCUGGCAAGAUAAUGCUUUUGCCUGAAGAUAACCCAAAUGCCAACCACAUAAUGAUAGCUACUGGCACUGGUGUUGCUCCAUUCAGAGGCUACCUGCGUCGCAUGUUUAUGGAAGAUGUUACAUUCAAGUUCCGCGGACUUGCAUGGCUUUUCCUUGGAGUAGCCAAUAAUGACAGUCUCCUUUACGAUGAUGAGUUUACCAAAUACGUUCAGGACUACCCAGAUCACUUCCGAUAUGAUCGAGCUCUUAGUAGAGAGCAGAAGAACAAGAGUGGGGGCAAGAUGUAUGUUCAGGAUAAGAUUGAGGAAUACAGUGAUGAAAUUUUCAAGCUCUUGGAUGAUGGAGCACAUAUAUAUUUCUGUGGUCUUAAGGGAAUGAUGCCUGGGAUCCAAGAAACACUGAAGAGAGUUGCGGAGCAGAGAGGAGAGAGCUGGGAUGAGAAGCUUUCACAGCUCAAGAAGAACAAACAAUGGCAUGUAGAAGUCUAUUAAUUUAUUCAUGCCCUGCCUCUAAGAGAUGCAGCAAUGUAGCCAUGGUAGACAAUUUGGCAUUUUCAUUUUUUUAUGGGCUUCACACGAAAACCUUGAUUUAGCUGUCAGCAUACAUUUGUAUGAUUAAAUAAUUGAGCUAGUUUCUUGAUUAAUAUAAAACUAUUAAACAUC